GUCUUCACUGAGUUCACUCUUUUCACAGACAGAGAGACAGAGAGAGAGAGAGAGAGAGAGAGAGAGAGAGGGAGAGGUCUUAGCCAUUCGCUCGUCUGGUUUGCGGUUUCUUGCAAAGAAAGAGAAGUGGAAAUCUUUUCUUCGAUUUAUACUACUUAGUUUGACAGUUCCAGCAUUGCACACAUGGAUGAUGAUGUUGAAUACCGUUGUUUUAUCGGGGGUCUUGCAUGGUCAACAUCUGACAGUGGUCUUAAACAUGCAUUUGAAAAGUUUGGCAAUCUUGUUGAAGCAAAGGUAGUUGUGGAUAGGUUUUCUGGUCGUUCUCGUGGAUUUGGGUUUGUCACCUUUGAUGACAAGAGAGCAAUGGAAGAUGCUAUUGAAGCAAUGAAUGGUAUGGAUCUAGAUGGGAGAGCUAUUACUGUUGAUAAAGCUCAGCCUCAUCAGGGCUCUGGUAGGGACCGUGAUCGGGACCGUGACCGGGGGCAAGGGCGUGAUCGUUACUAUGGUGGUGGCCGGGAUCGUGACUACGGUGGUGGGCGGGAUAGUGACUAUGUUGGUGGCCGGGGUUCCAAUUCUGGGGAGUGCUUUAAAUGUGGCAAGCCUGGGCAUUUUGCAAGGGAGUGUCCAUCUAGUGAUGGGGCAAGAGGAGGCCGGUACAGUGGAAAUGAUUCUAAAUAUGGUGGUGGUGGUGGUGGUAACAGUCGUUAUGGGCCUGAUCGUAAUGGGGAUCGUUAUGGUGGACGCGACAGGGAUGGUGGUAAUCGUGGGAGUUCUGGAAGUGACCGAUAUAAUCGUGACCGUUCUGGCCCAUAUGAGCGACCAGGAGGCUUCCGUUCUUGAGAAAUGAGGAUUUCCUUUUUUUAAGUUGAGGAGCGGGUGGAAAUGCUGCAAGUGCAAGGAAAAGGUUGAAAGUGUACAUUCUUCGAGGCCACAGAAUGAUGUCUUUUCUUCAUGUAUCUGCUGAGACCAAUCUAGCUAAUCUCACUUUGGCAGUGUGAAACUUUGCAAGAAUAUGUGGUUCAACUGUUUUGAGUUCUGUCAGAUGCUCAGUACCUUGUUUUGGUCCGAAUGGGGUCUUGUAUGCUUGCUUGACAUACAUCUCAAACUUGGUGUUAUAGUCUUUGAAUGCCAUUAUUGCUACUGGAUUCUGGA